AACCGCAUUUGCUGUGUGCCGCAAUGCAAAAAUUAUGCGGUAGGUGAUGUGAGCCUUCACUCAUUUCCAACGGCUGCGUCCAUGAGGAAGAAAUGGAUUAUUAAGCUGCGGAUCGGCAAAGCCGUUACCGAAGCGAUGAAGGUUUGCAGUGCGCACUUCACGCUGGGGGACUUUUUUUGGAUUACGACAGGUGAGUGACGAUUCCGAUCACUUCAAAUCGCGAAUAGACGUACCUCCAUAAAGACGCAGGCAUAGCACCAUAUUAUAUGCAGGGAAAGAAAUAAUACAGAAUCUUAACUCAAAUAUGUUGUGGGAUGAUUGAUGUUUACGUUUUUGUCACUCGUGUCAUUGCGGCUACGUUGGAGCGCAAACAUUCUCCGUAAAGCCUUGUACCUGCUUCAAAAUUUCUUGUUCUCGAAUGCACCGCUCAUUCGUUUAAUUUGUGCUCUGCAACGUCGGCUUGACUUUACAUCCAUUUUCGAACAGAGAGAUGAGUUUCUCAUUUGUGCAGAGUCAUGAGACAUUUAUCGCCGUCAGUUACUGCGACGUAAGUGCGGGUGUUCUGCUUCGAACGAGACAUAGCCAGAUUCGGGGAAGCCCAACGCAAGCAAAGAGAAAAGGCAGUUUCAGCACCGAAGUUCAUGUAUCUUUUGUUGUAGCCGCAAUUGUCUUGAGUAGAAUGGCUGGUUCACGAAUGUUCAAUUACCGGAGAUGUGAGGGGCAGCAAGUUUGGUGGCAUUCUGGGAGGCAUAUUUUUGCAAUUUAUUCUGGCUUCUGUGGUCUUUUCGACUGAUUGCAGUUCAGAGAGACUAAUGCAUCCCUGUUAGUGCAUAUCGACAGUACAUGCGUUUUUUUUUUCCAAGACCCAGCUGUUUGGACACCACGUCGGAAGCGCUUAAAGAAGACAGCAAUUCCGUCUAGGUGCCUUCCUGUCCGGGUGUUUGACGUUGUGGAUGAAGUUUCGAAGCAAGCAUCCCAUGAAAGAUCUUUGCGGGCAUCAGCAAGAUCAUGGGCAUGUACCAACAGAGCUUGAAAGCAACCCAGUCACCGAGCUUGACCAAGGUGCCGCUAUAGCACUGCAAAGGCUUGGGACAACACUGAGUGAAGCUACAAGCCUCGAACGGUCUGCAUUGGAUGCACUCCUUGCCCUCAGUGAUAGGCGUUGUCGAUGUGUUGACAUUGGCAUUCAAGUCUGCACUGAUUCAUCACCAGCCAGAAGGAACACAUCGGUUGACUUGCUCUCGACAGAUGCUGCCAUAAAAGCCUUCACAGGUGUAGAAACUGCGGAAUUGUUAAUGUACUUGUCAGAGGCCGUUGCAAAACUUGACGCACUCAGCACCGAGUGUAGUGUCUUAGAGCGCGUAAUACUUGUUCUCGUUCGCCUCAAAACAUUUUUAUCCUUUAAGUGCCUGGCGGUGUUGUUUGCAAUUUCCGAAGCAACUGUACACAGGUACUUUUAUGGCACUGUUCGCCCUUUGGCCGCUGUCCUCGAGGCAGCAGUUCCGUGGCCAACUGCUGAGGAGAUAAAAAAAAAUCAGCCGCAUUGCUUUGCCGCAUUCGGAGACGUCAGGGUUGUACUUGACUGUACAGAGGUGGAGGUUGAAAAAUCGCACUGUGCCUCAUGCCGUAUACUGACAUAUUCCCAUUAUAAGGGUGUCCACACAGUGAAAGUCCUAAUUGGCGUGUCCCCUGGUGCUCUCAUCACGUUUGUCAGCGACACUUUUAGUGGGCGGGCUUCUGAUAAGGCUUGUGUUAAUGUGUCUGGUGUUCUCGACCAGUUGCAGCCUUUUGAAGAUGACCUAAUGGUUGAUAAGGGUUUCAACAUUGAUGACAGAUGCACCGAGCUCGGUGUUGGUGUGAUUCAGCCGCCCUUCUUGAGGAAACAAACACAGUUCUCCCAAGAAGGCGCCAUGAAGACUGUUCAGAUUGCAAGGGCCAGGGUCCAUGUAGAGAGGGCGAUACAGCGUAUGAAACUGUUUCGAAUUUCGAAGGGUCCAUUGCCAUGGGAAAUGUUAGCUGUGGCUGAUGAAGUGUUCAUCAUAAUUGCCGGGAUGGUAAAUUUGUCAGCCCCUAUAUUAGCUGAAAAAAGGUUCCAACUAUUUAAAGCUUAGACAGCAAAUAUCUUGUACAACCAAAUAUAACAUUUAUUUUUGUACAAUAAAAAAAUACAAAAAACCAGAUCAUAACUUUAUUUUUGUUAAGGAUGAGGCAGUCACAAAAGAGCUGCUUUAGCAGUAGCUUGACUGGGCAACUGCCCCAAUGUUUUUGACAACAGCUUGUAUAACACCAAAAUUUAAACAUGAGUAAACGAUACAUAGUAGGGCAGCAAUAAAUAUUUUAAUUCAUGGACACACAUAACUCAAGUGCAAAAAGUAUGCACGUGUUACAUAAAACUUUCAGUAACAUAAGCAUACAAGCAUACAUGAGCAAAAGAAAGAUCAUACACAAUAAAAAUAACAGCUUUUCUGAAGUCAGUGUUGAGAUGAAUACCUCUGCGCAAGUGUCACAGUUACCGACGCACCAAACACAUACUUAAUGUAUCUCACCGAUAAGUCCUCAUCACAUUUACAUACAUCCUCAACAAUGGUUACACUGAGUUUGAUCUCUCUCGUUGACACUAAUAUCUGUCCAGAGUUCUUAAAUCGUCUCGCAAGUUCUCAAGUCCUAAUAAGUCACGUGCGGUGUGGCGCUUACAUGUCCAAGUCAGUGCAGCUCCUCCGCAUUGCUCGGUGCACCACUGGCAUCUCUGCUGAGGGCCGUCUCCGUAGAACAGGUCGGGCUCGUCGAGCGUUGUCGUCGUUGAGGGCGAGGUUGUCCGC